UUUUUCCCUAGAUAUCUAUAUUAGUGUUCUUGUAUUUGUGUGAUGGCAUAGGUACUAUGGAAGGGGGACAAAAUAGUGAGUCAAAUGGCCAAGUAACACCAGGUGAUCAUUACUUGGAUGAGACCGAUAUUGACAUAAUAUUAGCAUGGUUGGGUAUUGUUGUAAUGGACAUGUCCAUGCAUACGAAAGAACCUAUUAGAGACAAUCAAUUGUUAGGAGCAGAUGGGUAAGGGAGAUUCUUUGUGGACAUUCCGAUAAAGUAUAUGAAGCCUUUAGAUUGGAGAGACAUGUUUUUCUGAAUCUAUGUGAUUUGAUGAGGGCAAGAGGUUGGUUGAAAGAUAGCCGUUAUAUUAAGAUAGAUGAACAAGUUGGGAUUUUCUUAUCUUUGAUUGGUCAUGGUAACUCUAAUAGAGAUUUAUGUUAGAGAUUCCAACAUUCGGGACAAACAAUCAGCACGUAUUUCACUAAUGUGCUGAAAGCAUUUUUGAAACUGACAAAAGAGAUUAUCAAACCACCUUCAUUUGAUGAUAUUCCGGAGGAGAUUCUUAUGGAUCGUAACCAUAGACGCUACUUCAAGGGCUGCAUAGGUGCUAUUGAUGGCACUCACAUUAAUGCUUGUGUCCCUGUGUCGAAGCAAAUCCCGUAUAGAGGCGGGAAAGGGACUACCACCCAAAAUGUGCUGUGUGUUUGUUCAUUUGAUAUGAAAUUUACUUUCGUGUAUCUUGGGUGGGAAGGAUCCGCGAACGAUUGUCGAGUCCUCUCGGCAGCACUAGAGACUCCUCGGCUACAAUUUCCUCAUCCACCACCAGAUAAAUACUACGGGCUAGAUUCUGGUUAUGCUGCACUUCCGGGAUUUUUAACUCCAUUUAAAGGUGAACGGUAUCAUAUCAACGAUUAUAGGGGUAGAGGGAGACGACCCGUAACAGCAAGAGAAUUGUUUAACCAUAGGCACUCUUCACUAAGGAAUGUCAUUGAGAGGUCAUUUGGGGCAUUGAAAAAUCAUUUUUCCAUUUUGAGACAUAAGUCUCCAUUUACAAUUCGUAAGCAAGCACGUAUUGUCAUUGCAUGUUGUGCUCUUCAUAAUUACAUUCGUGACCAAGACAAGAUGGACAAAAACUUUUCCCGAUAUGGUGAUCCGGACUACCCAUGUGGACCUAUACAAGAAGAGGUUGCAGAUGAUAUUUUUCAUGAGGAGGCCUCCGAGAUAAACAUGCUAAGGAAAAGUAUUGCAAAUCAAAUGGCAAGAGACAACGAUAUGGAUGAAAUUCCAUGACUUUGUGUUUCUUAUUUUUGUAAUCUUAUUUUUGUAGAACUUUGCAAG